AUUAAGACUAGACCCCCAAGUCAUUUGUCGUCCAGAAUAUCUUGAGAUUAAAAUAAUUAAACACUGUUAUUGAUUAUCAAGUUGAUUAAAAAUGGAACCCAUGGAAGUAAUCCUUAACAACCUUCUCAGUGCCGAAAAUGUACAAAAGGCAACUGAAGAACUGAACGAUGCUUUAAAACGUCCAGAGUCAAUAAAUGUUCUGUGUGAAAUAGCAACAAGAUCUACUCAGCCUCAAUUGAGACAAUAUGCUGCAGUCGUUUUGAGAAAAAGAUUGAUGAAAUUAAGAUACUGGAAUAUGGUCCCACAAGAGCAUCAAGAAAUAAUUAAAAAUGGAUUAUUGCAAGCCAUCAUAAAUGAACCAGAGAAAUAUGUGCGAACUGCCAUUUCUCAAGUUGUUGGUAGUUUGAUAAAUCAUGAAUUUCCCAAGAAAAAUCAGUGGAGCAGUGAUGUAUUGAAAUUUAUUUUUGAAAGUGCACAGUCAACUGACUCUCGCAUCAAUCAAUUAGGAUCUGAAACCUUUGCAAUACUAACAGAAACUGCACCUGAUCAGUUCAUUCCACACAUUGAAACAAUUGGAAUGUUUUGUUCCCAAGCUUUGAUGGCUGCUGAACAAACAAACAACAUGGCAAAUCCAGUCAUUUUCAACCUUAUUAUGGCAAUGUCACAUUUAGGACCAUUUAUUCUUGGUAACAAUGCAGGAGAACAUAUUUAUACAGCUGCGGUUCCAUAUGUCGUUAAAGCUUUAUCGACUCUUGCUAAUGAUGAAGAAAAAUUCAUUGAUGCUUUUGAUUUUCUCGAGAAUUUAGCUGAUCACGCCCCAAAACUUUUGACAAAUCACAUAAAAUUGUUGAUUGAAUUUUGCAUCGAAAUUUCACGUAACAAGGAUGUUGAAGAAGGAAAUCGUGUUAAGGCUAUCACAUUUAUCGGAUGGCUCGUAAGAAUCAAGAAGAAGGUGAUUUUGAAACAAAAACUCGUUGAACCAAUUCUUGCAACAUUAUUUGAAUUAAUGGCUUUACCUUCUGAUGAUACGGGUGACGACACAGAAGAAUAUUUCGGAAGUAACGAAGUUACUACUCCAAUGAAUUGUGCUACACAAACUCUAGACGUUUUAGCUUUGAAUAUUCCGCCAAAAACUCUAAUUCCUCCUUUAUUGCAAUUAUUGGAACCAGCAUUACAAACAUCUAAUGAUCCUUUGCAAAAGAAAGCUGCUUAUCUUUCAAUUGCUGUAAUUGCUGAAGGAUGUAGUUCAACAAUUUGCAAGAAAUAUUUGAGACCAUUAUUGGACUGUAUUAAAACUGGCAUAACAGAUCCAAAUCCUAUAAUUCGUAAUAGUUCAUUGUUUGCAUUAGGACAGUUUUCGGAACAUUUGCAGCCAGAAAUUUCGCAAUUUUCUGAAGAAAUACUGCCAAUUCUAUUUGAUUAUUUACAAAUGUUGUCAAAUCAAAUUAGAUCAGGACAAAAGGAACCACAGCAUAUUGAUCGUGUAUUUUAUGCAGUUGAGACAUUUUGCGAAAAUCUUGAAGAUGCACUAGUUCCUCAUUUACCUGUUCUUAUGGAACGUCUAUUCGAUUGUAUGGCACCUUCGAACUCGAUUCAUUUAAGAGAACUUGCAUUAAGCUGUCUCUCAGCUACAGCAAAUGCUGCAAAAUCAAAUUUGGUCCCAUACUUUCAGCAAUUAAUUGAAGGUCUUCGAAUGUAUUUAGUUAAAUCUGAUGAUGAAGCUAUUUGUACUUUGAGACCAGCAGCGAUUGACACAUUGGCAGCUCUUGCAAGAACAAUCGGAAAUGACAAUUUCAUUCCAUUAGCUGUUGACACAAUGCAUUUGGGUCUUGCACUCAUUGAAGAUAAAAAUGAUCCUGAUUUAAAGAGAAGUUGCUACAAUUUAUUCGCUUCAAUGGCAUCAGUUCUUCAUGAAGAAAUUGGAUCUGCUUUAGAUCGAAUUGUUACAUCAAUGAUUGACAGUGUUAAGAGUACCGAAAGUAUUGUUUUGUCCAAUGGAAAGGAUUCUGAAGACAUUGAGGAUAGCCAAGAAAAUGAUGACCAAGAAUUUGAUAUUGAUAAUUCUGAUGGAGAAGAAGAUGAUGAAGACGAUGAAAUUCUUGGUAUUGAAAAUUCAUACAUGGAAGAAAAAGAGGAGGCUAUAAUUGCUUUGAAGGAAAUUGCUGAACAUACUGGUGCUGCUUUUGCUCCAUAUAUUAAAGUAUCGUUUGAAGAGAUCUUUAAACUUCUUCCAUAUCCAAAUGAGGAUAUUAGACAAUCAUCCAUUGAAGCACUUUGUCAAUUUGUUAUUUCCUUGUAUAAACUUCAAGAUGUUGAAGGUGUUAAGCACACUUUAUUAAUUCUUAUUCCGAAAUUAAGUGAAAUAAUUCACACUGAUGAGGAAAGAAUUGUUGUUAUGGCAGCGUUGGAAUCAUUCAAUCAAAUUCUUGAAGCAUUAGGAACAGCAGCAGUUGAAGUUGAAGGUCACAAAGAUGCUAUCUUCUCGUGUAUUUAUGAUACUUUACAUGGAAAAAUUACAUGCCAAUUUGAUGAACCAGAAGAAGAUGAUGACGAAGAAAGUGAAUAUGAUAUUGCAAUUUUAGAGUCUGCUGGAGAAAUUUUACCUAAAUUCGGAAAAGCUAUGAGCACACAAGAGUUUUAUGCUUACUUUGGUCGAGUUUUCCCAUUUUUCAUUGGAAAAGUCCAAAAAUCUAAAAGCAAAGAUGAAAUGGCACAAUCACAACGUGCAAUGGCCGUUGGUGUCAUAUCCGAAUGCUUUUUACCUCUUGGAGAAUUUUCGUCACAAUAUUUCGAUGCAUUACUUCCUCUUCUUAUUGAAUUAAUUAACGACCAAAAUGAUGAGGAAGUAAGAAACAAUGCAGUGUACGCUAUUGGAGAGCUUUGCAUGCACAGUGGACAAAUCAGUUUUAAAGCAUAUCCACAAGUUUUAGCAGCUCUAUCAGCUUUAGUGGCAAAAGAAAGUCAUGGAGGCAUUUUGGACAACAUUUGUGGAACAUUAGCACGAUUAAUUAUAAUUAAUAGUUCAUUAGUUCCAUUAAAGGAUGUUUUACCAGUUUUUAUCUCAUAUCUUCCAUUACGUCAAGAUUAUGUAGAAAAUGACAAUGUCUUUAAAUCGUUAGAAUUAUUAUAUCGACAAGGAAACGAAAUUUUAUUGCAAUUUUUAGAACGAAUCAUUUUAGCAGCAUUAACAGUUCUUCAUAAAAAUCAAUACAGUAAGGAUGAAGUACGUGAGCAUAUUUUUGCAUUUGUAAAACAGGUCCGAAUGGAUUUUCCUGAAAAAUUCAAUAAUGCAAUUAAUGUUGAUGCUGAAUUGUCAAACUUUGUGCAAACUUUAUGAAAAGAAUAUGCAAACUGUAUCUAAAUCGUGAAUUAUAAAUUAUCACAUGACUAAAAAUUUUAAUUACUUUUUAUAACUAUCAUUAACAUUGAAAAAGAAAUUUUUUAUUACUAUUGACAUAUUUUUAUGUAUUUGAGAACGAAAAACAAUAUUUAUGCUUAAUU